AUGCUCUGGAAGAUGAUUGGUCAUCAGAUGGCCCUUUGGGAAGCUGUAAUCGUGAACGACGGACAGCAUCAAUGGGAAUCAGCCAUCAGGCGCAUUGCCAGCAUCAUCUGCUCUGGACCGAUUGUGCUGGAAGCGCGACAUGAUUCUCCAUAUUUAGUUUAGAUACUGGUCGAAAAUUAUAUAGCUUUAUCCUGGAUUAAAAUUGAACUAAGUAAUAUAAGAGAAUGUGUAAAAAACCUGACAUUUUAUGGACCCACAGACGUAUUCCUGCUGCGGUUCAUCGCUGUGUGAGUUGAUAGUGGGGGUGAAGCGCUCAUCCUCCUCCUCCGCUGUCGCGCUCAGUAACGAACUGUACAUCCCAGCUGUUAUAAUUCUCAUUUAGGAGAUAAAACACCUGUCGUCGAUAUUACAGAUAGCUUACAUCUCGACCGGUCAGACCUCGCAUGCUGUCUGCAUUGCGGUGUGAGGGUAUUUAACAUCUUGCAGAGUGUCAUAUUCAAAACAAUGGGAGCUCUAAGCAAACGACAGUUUUUCCAGGAACUGGGAUCCGGAUGCUUGCUUCCGACUGUCCAGCACGGUCUGGAACAAGUAUGGCAGCUGUUACUCAUCUGCCUAGUGUGUAGGCUGCUGUGGAGAUUAGGUCUGCCAUCUUUCUUGAAACACCUGAGUACAGUGGCAGGUGGUUUUUAUACUCUUUAUCUGUUUUUCGAGCUGCACAUGGUUUGGGUGGUGCUUCUCAGCCUCCUCUGCUACCUCAUCCUCUUCCUGUGCCGCCAUUCGAGCAGCCGAGGACCCUUCCUGUCCAUCACUAUCCUCAUCUACCUCCUUCUGGGAGAGUUACAUAUGAUGGAUACAACAACGUGGCAUAAGAUGAGAGGUUCCCAGAUGGUAGUGGCCAUGAAGGCAGUUUCUCUUGCCUUUGAUUUGGACAAAGGCAUAGUGGAGAAAUUUCCCUCUCCGGUGGAGUUCAUGGGCUACAUUUACUUUGUGGGGACGGUCAUCUUUGGGCCUUGGAUCAGUUUCAAUAGCUACAUGGAUGCGGUAGACAGUCGAAAAUUUAGCGUUUCCUGGUUUUUGAAGUCAGUCUUCAGCUGUGUGAAGAGCCAGCUGUGUCUGGUAAUUUCCAACUGUAUUGCACCCUAUCUCUUUCCCUAUUUCAUCCCGGUCUUUGGAGAUAAGCUGCUCCGCAACAAGAAACGGAAAAUGAGGGGCUCUAUUAAAAGGUGGCUACAGGCCUAUGAGAACACCAUGUCCUUCCAUUUCAGUAAUUACUUUGUGAGUUACCUUGGUGAGGCCACCGCCACACUGGCAGGUGCUGGUUUCACAGAGGAGAAGGACAAUCUUAAGUGGGACUUGACAAUAGCAAAGCCGCUAAAUGUAGAGUUUCCCAGGUCUAUGGUUGAAGUGGUGACUUCCUGGAACCUGCCCAUGUCCCGCUGGCUCAACACCUAUGUGUUCAGGAAGGCUCUCAAAUAUGGGAGCUUCACAGCUAUUAUCUUCACAUACACCGCAAGCUCCUUGCUACAUGGUCUAAGCUUCCACAUUGGGGCAGUAUUAUUUACACUAGGCUUCAUAACAUAUAUUGAACACGUGCUUAGGAAAAGAUUGUCAGUGGUUUUAAAUGCAUGUGUCCUCUCCAAGAGAUGCCCCUCUGACUGCAAACACAGACAUAAAAAGGAAUUUUGGGUAUAUUUAAUGAACGGGACUUUUAGCUUGUUAGCAGUACUACACUUAACAUACCUGGGCUCAAUUUUUGGCUCCAGCACAGAUGACAUGGAUUCAGAUGAGGACGGUAUGGCCAGCCACACCAUUGAGAAAUGGACACAGCUCAGCUGGACAAGCCACUGGUUGACCUUUGGCCUUUGGGUCCUGUAUCGCCUUAUUCUAUAAACACUGAGACCUCUGUAGACGAGAAGAUGUAGGGGAGAGGAUAGCAAUAACUGUGAUCGGAUAUUUUAUAUGGUUUUACUAUAGAAGAGCUGUGGCUGUUUAUGGCAUCACUGUGACUUCUGGAAGAACACAUCUGCAGCCCAGCGUUUCCAAAUACAGGAAAAAAAUUAACGUAUAGGUAAUAUUGAUCCACACCAUUGGACCACUUCUGAAGUUUUCUAAACUACCUAAAGUAAAGAAGCAUCAAGACUUAAUAAUAAAAAAAAAAAACUCAGUAAGUGUGAACAUGUACUUGAUAUUCAUAGCCAUUGUUGUAGUUGGUUUUGUAUGAUGGUUUAGGAUAAUUACGUCCUUGUCAAAAAAGGUAAAUAUUCUCAGUACUUUUUGUCAGAAGCUCUAAAGUGAAAUCGCACAAAGUUGGUUUUGGUACGUUUUUCAGUAGUUUUUUUCCACCUCAAGUGGACUAACGACUAAUACUCAUGCUUAUUCACUAUAGCACAUAUCAUUUGUUCAUUACAGUUGUCAAACAUGCCGUAUAACAGUGGCCACCAAACGUGUUGCUCGAGGGCCAGUAUGCUGCAUAGCUUAGCUCCAGCCCUACUCAAACACACCUGAACAAGCGAUUCUUCUUCUUAUGUAUACUUGAAACUUCCAGGCAGGUGUAUUGUAGUUAAACUCAGCAGGACGCUGGCCCUCCAGGACCGAGUUUGGUGACUCCUGCCAUUAAAACUUCCUUAUAGGCCUCUGAAUGAACAUAUGAUAAAGUUCUAAGGGAAUCCUCUGUUUUGUAUGAAGUGACUCUGGUACUUCUCUGACUUUGAAACCACUGCAGACACUCAAAUGAGACAGUAUUAGUAGUGUUAUAUGCUUGUUAUAUUUAAACUUUUUAAAAAAUGUAUUCACAAGAAAUGGGAAAAGUUAAACCAUACAGAUGUGUGUAUUUGUUUUCAGUGUGUUUGUUUUCAUAUUUGCCAUUGUAUUAUUGCUAUAGUUAUUUAUUACCACAAUU